AGCUUCUCGAGUAAACAAUGAUUGUAAUCGUAUUUUUUUUUGUUUUUGUGUGUAAAUUAGUAAAAAAACAGUUUUAUUUAAAAAACUUUUUAUUUAUAGUGUAAAUAUAACAUUUUUCGUAUAUAAAUUGCCUUCAAACAUCUUAAAACAGUGUGUCACUAAAGGACAUGUCAAUUGCAAUUUUGUGAAAAACAAACUACAGGGUGUAUCUUAAAUAAAUAUUAAUGCUUUAGAUACGUUAUAAAUACAAGGCAUAGUGAGAUUACUGUAGGAAUAAAUAGCACUAAGAAAAUUGAAGUACAAAUUUUACGGGAGAAAAUUCAAAAAUGGGUAGUAGUCAAAGUAAAUUCAAACCGGAUCCUAACGAUGUUUGGUAUAGGGUCAAAGUUAGUUCGAGUCAACCGAAAUAUUUGGAAUGCGUUUUACAAGCAAUCGUAAAUCUUAAAGAACCUCACGGGUCUUCCCAAGGAAGAAUCAUCGAUUAUAUACAGGGCGUUAUAAAUGCUAAGCAAAUUCGUCCGAGACCGAGAAAUGUAGCGAUGCAAGUGAAAAGUGCUUUGAAAUACGCCGUAAUAAAUGGAUUGGUAAAACAACAAGGUGGAAAAUUCAUUAUGGCGUUAACUGAAAAGGAAUACGCGAUUUUUAAAGGAUUUAGGACAGAAAAUGCGAUUAAAGAAAACGUUUCAACAUCGAGAAGCAAAAGUAAAUCAACGAGAAGUAGAAGAAGAAAAAGAAGAAGUAGUAUACAGAAUAGGCAUCGUAGUUGUAGUCGAUUAUCGGAUGACGAUGAAUAUUUCGACGAUAUUAAACCGAAAAAACGUAAAAAAUAUCACGAAUUCGAAUCGGACCUUAGUUCAGAUUAUGAUUUUCUAUCAGAAUCGAGUUCUAAUUCUAGUACCCAAAAUCUACGGAUAUCCGAUAGUUAUAUAAAAAAGAAGAUUCAACAAAUUAAUAAAAAUAAAGUUGGUUUAAUUCAACGUCGUACUAACAGCGAAAAAAAUAUAGUCGCGUCUACUAGUACCAGUCGGGUACCCAAACCGAGCGCCUCCAGAGAAUCCACCAGUAAAACUAAACAAGAAGAAGCCGGUUCUAGUAAAGGAAAAUAGUUUAUUUUUUUUUUCAAGAAAUGUGUAUAAACGUCAAGAAAAUAUAAUUGUUCCAACAAA